AUGAAGGAAGCUCUGGUAUCGAAAGGCCCUACGGUUCAGAUCAUCGAAUCCCCAAUGCCCGAGCCCAAUGGCGACCAGGUCUUGAUCAAAGUUGUUGUUAGCGGCUCAAACCCCAAAGACUGGAAGGUUCCGGAGUACCACGGAAUUACAACCAAUUCUGGCGACGACAUUGCUGGCAUCGUUACCAAAGUCGGCUUCAAUGUCACUGAAUUUAAGCCCGGCGACCGUGUGGCGGCACUCCACGAGGUGUUUAAGCCACACGGCAGCUACGCCGAGUACGCCAUCGCAUGGGCAUACACUACUUUCCAUAUUCCCAAAGAGACGACGUUCGAAGAAGCAGCCGCGAUCCCUCUCACAGCUAUGACUGCCGCUCUCAGUCUGUACCAGCGCCUCGGACUUCCUCAGCCGUGGCAACCUGCUCAGGAGCCCAUGCCCUUGAUUAUUUAUGGGGCUGCGUCUGCGGUGGGGGCUUAUGCAGUUCAGCUAGCAAAGCAGAGUAAUAUCCAUCCACUAAUCACAGUUGCAGGAAGGGCACUCGACUACGUGGAGUCACUCAUUGAUCGCACCAAGGGAGAUACCAUCAUCGACUACAGAGCUGGCGAUGACGCGGUCGUGGAAGGCCUUAAGAAGGCUCUUGGUAACAACCCAGCCAUGUACGCGCUGGACGCCGUCUCAGAUAAUGGCAGCUACGUCAAUAUCGGCAAGGUGCUGGGACAUGGAGCUAAAAUCACCUUUGUAUUGCCAGGGAAGGAAUACCCAGGUAUCCCGGAGAAUGUUGAACAGACCGUAACGAGUGUGGGCAUAGUGCACGAAGACAACCUCGCCAGUCAAAAUUUUGCUUUCGUGUAUUUCCGCCUCUUCGGGCGGGGGUUGCAAGAAGGGUGGCUCAAGCCGCAGAGACAGGAGAUCGUGCCGGGUGGAUUGGCAGGGAUUCAGCCGGCACUUGAUAAACUGAAAGCUGGCAAAGCGAGUGGAGUCAAAUAUGUGUUUCGUAUUUCCGAUACUGAGGGGAUUGAGAAGUAA